GACAGAUUAAACGAUCGCUAGCCUUCACUGAGAGAUCAGAAGUUUCUGCACUUUGGUACAGACAGGUCUUAUCUGGACGUCCAGGCUGAGAUAUGAUUCUCUGCUCCAGGCCAGGGGCUUGCUGUGCUUUGGCCCUCCUGGCAUUUUUGGCUCACUGUGCGACAGCAGUGCAGAGGCACUACUAUAUUGCUGCAGUUAAUAUUAACUGGGAUUACAGCGCUGUUGGAAAUGAAAGAGUUGGUCCCACUUAUAAGAAGACUGUAUACAGGGAGUAUGAACCGGGUUUCAAACAGGCCAAGACUCAUCCCUCUUGGUCAGGGCUGCUGGGACCCACUCUGCGGGGUCAAAAUGGUGACACCAUCGUCGUCACGUUUAAAAACAUGGCAGACCGUCCCUGUAGCAUCCACCCCCAUGGCAUUGCUUAUGGAAAACAGUCAGAGGGGUCUUUGUACUUUGACAACACCUCCGAAUUUGAAAAAGAGGAUGAUGUCAUUGAUCCUGAUGAAGAACACACAUACUCCUGGGAAGUGACUCCUGAUGUGACCCCAAAAGCUACAGACCCCCCCUGUGUCACCUAUAUGUAUUUCUCCCACGUAGACUUUGUCAAAGACUAUAACACAGGCCUGAUUGGCACACUGCUGAUCUGCAAGAACGGCAGCCUCGAUGACUCUGGAAAUCAGGUCCAUUUUCACCAAGAGUUUGUGCUGCUGUUUGGAGUGUUCGACGAGAACAAUAGUUGGUACAGCAAAAGAGGCACACCACUUGAAAAGAAUGUGAAAUAUACCAUAAAUGGAUACACUAAUGGAGAUGUUCCUGAUUUAAGUGUAUGUGCACAUUCCAAAAUAACCUGGCACUUCCUGGGUAUGAGCUCUGAGCCAGAGCUUUUCUCUGUGCACUUAAAUGGGCAAGUUCUACAGCAAGGUGGGCACAAAGUGUCUUCAGUUGGCAUUAUCAGCGGCACAGCCACUAGCGCAGACAUGGUAGCAAUCCAUGAGGGACGCUGGCUUCUCUCAUCUCACAUCAGCAAACACUUAGAAGCUGGAAUGCAUGGCUUCUUGACCAUUAAUAUGUGUGAGGAGUUUACUGCACCAAAGCGAGAGAUCACCAUCCAGCAAUCACGAGAAAGCCAGGAAUGGACUUACUACAUAGCAGCGGAGGAGAUCAUCUGGGAUUAUGCUCCAAAUAUGCCAGAUAAUGUGGACGGGGAUUUCCGGUCCACAUAUUUAAGACAGAGUGCGGAACGAAUAGGUAAGAAAUAUAAAAAGGCAGUGUUCACACAGUAUAAGGACGAGUCAUUUAAGGAAAGGGCAGAGAACAAGCAGAGGAAGAAGGAGGUGGGAAUUCUUGGCCCUGUGAUUAGAGCUCAGAUCCGUGACAUAAUUACGAUUGUGUUUAAAAACAAAGCAUCGCGUCCAUACAGCAUCUAUCCUCAUGGACUGACCAUUGAUAAAACAGCAGAGGGAGCCAACUACCCAGAGGGAGGGAACCAAAGCCAUGCGGUACAACCAGGAGAGACCCACACAUAUGUUUGGCGAGUCAUUGUGGAGGAUGAGCCUUUGCAAAAUGACUCCAGGUGUCUCACCAGGAUGUACCACAGCGCAGUGAAUACUCCACGAGACAUUGCCUCUGGCCUCAUUGGACCGCUGCUUAUCUGCAAGAGCCAGUCCCUCAACACCAGGAACGUCCAGCUCAGGGCUGACAAGGAGCAACAUGCAAUGUUUGCAGUUUUUGAUGAGAACAAGAGUUGGUAUCUGGAUGAAAAUAUCAAUACCUACUGUGAAGACCCAAAGAGAGUAAAAAAAGAUGACACAGACUUCUAUAAAUCAAAUGUUAUGCACACAAUCAAUGGCUAUGUGUAUGAAAGUGGCCAAGUCCUGGGGUUCUGCAAUGGUGAGAUCGUAACUUGGCAUGUGUCAAGUGUUGGGGAGCAAGAUGGCAUCCAGACUGCCACCUUUUAUGGCCACACAUUUGAGCUGAACAACAGAGAAGAAGAUAUUCUCAGUCUGUUUCCCAUGACAGGAGAGACCAUCUCCAUGAAAAUGGCUAACGACGGAAUCUGGCUACUGGCAUCCCUGAACACACAUGAGACCACCAAAGGAGUGAGACUGAAAUUUAAGGAUGUUGAAUGCUUUAGAGAUUAUGUAGCAGAAAAUGAUUACAGUGCUGAGGAAGAAGCAUAUGGUACUGAAACAGAUACCUAUGUCCAAUGGGUACCUAUAAAUGAGACAGAGGCAAUCAAAGAGAAAACUAAAUCACUGCCAAUUAAAAAUCAGCCUGUCGAUAAAGAGACAGACAUUUAUGCAGAUAUGCUUGGUCUGAGGACGUUUAGUAACCCAGGAAACAGUACAAAUGAUAUGGAAAAACUGGAUCUUACAUUCUUCGACCAUGAUGAGGGUGUGCUGCUUGAAGACAGUAGUCCUAGCCUCACUGACAAGAUCCAAAACACUACCAAUCCUGAGCUAGAACAUUCCAAACUGAACCAAUCUGAAGUCAUAUUAUCAGAAGAGGGUUUUGAUGACAAGAGCAUUACAAGUGAGGGUGUCCAAAAUGAGACAUUGCUCAGGGUCACUGUUGAGUCAGCUGAUGAUAUAAGGCUAAACAACUCUAAUGAACCUACCAGUUCUCCAGUACUGCCAAUAAGCAAUGAACCUACCAGUUUCACCUAUAAUUCCAGUAACAUCCCAUUUCCACAGGAUGAGGAUGGAAAAAUCACAUCAGAAAUUAGUUACAGUGCAUCAGCAAUGGCAACAGAGGUGAAGCAAUUACUAUCAAACCAAACCUACAAGCAUAGAGAGAUUGCGACAGAGCCACAGACAGUGGAGUUGUCAAUGGUUAGCACCAUGGAGGUAGAAGAAGUUCUUGACAAAUCAAGAGAUGUCUUCAUUUACAGUGUUCAUGCUGCUAAAUCACCUGUCAAAGAGGUGGAAGAAUUUGUGCUACUGGCUGGUGGUGACAAAGUGGAAACUAUAAAAGAUGAGCAUGUAGCUGAGUACAGUAUCUCACCUCCAGGGCUUCCCAACAAUAACACUCUGGAGCUGCAGGGCAACAUGACUCAGAACAUCACAGACCAGGAGGACCAACAGUUAAACAACACUGAAGUGAGCUCCAAAUUAGUGAAUGGAACAGAUCAAGACUUAAAUACCAUGCAAGUUGACUCAGACUUUCCUUUAGAGGAGGUUCAAGAAUUAAAUACCACCCACUUGGAGUCAGAAUUCAAAAACGAAGAAGUUCAAAAAUUCAACAGCACCCAAGUGGACUUUCCACUCGAGGAGUUUCAGAAAUUAAAUGCCACACAAUUGGAGUCAGGCUUUGAAAAGGAUGAAGCCCAACAAUACAAUACCACCCAAGUGGAUUCAGAAUUUCCACUGGAGGAGUUUCAAGAAUUAAAAAGUUCCCGGGUGGAUUCAGCUGAGGUAGCUCAAGAGUUCAAUAGCACUCAAGAAGACUCAAAUACCACCUUGCCUAAUUCUGGCGCAUUCUUUUUAAGUGAGGACAGAAAUAGUACAAAUUCAUCUGAGGAUAUGAAAUCAUCUGAGUUGGGGUCCUUCGCUGACUUUGCACACAAUGAAACAACACUUGAAGUUAAGAAGCUCUGGAGCAAAUCAGAGGAACUCAGCUCACAAAGCCUGGAGAAUACUUCCCUUUCUAAUGGCAGUUUCACCUCUUCGUCUUCACAGAACUUUUCAAACGGCACACUGGGUAAUGGUUCAGAUGUUGGAGAAGGCAGCUUCCCCCCCACUGACACCUUAGUGCCAAACAGCAGCUCAGGCAAGGACAUGCCAGAGACUGAAGAGAGCCAUGAAGAAGUGUUGAUCUAUCUGCAGAACAGCAACAACUCUGAAGUCAUCCUCACCAGCCCUCUGGACCCACAAGCAAAGAACUGGGGCUACGAGGGCAAACAUGAGCUAGUGCCAAUGGAGGUCCCUGAUCACAUCAGAAAAUACAUCACAGAUGAACCAGAGGUACAACCUAAUAAGUCAAGCAAUGCAAAGGAAGAGAAAAAGAUAGUUCUAAAAAGAGUGGUACCAGUAAAAGGGUCUGGCAUGAAGACAAAAAAGAGAAUAGAUUAUAAACCGCAGCCUCGCAGUGCCCUUUCUCCACGAACCUUUUCUCCACGGGGCUUCGCUCCAUCUGAGUUAACUCCAAGAGGUCCCAAGCCUGCCUCUAGUGAGGAAAUACUUGAAAAACACAUAGUAAUAGGAGUCCCAAGGAAAGACUUCAACGACUAUGAACUUUAUGCUCCCAAACACGGUCAGGAUUAUGAUUUUGACAGCAUCACAGAUCAUACCGAGGAGUAUGAAUAUGUUGAGUACAAAGACCCAUAUAGAAAACAAGGAGACAUACAAGGUGUUGAGCUUGAUGAAGCAUCAAAAUAUUCCUUGCAAAUGGCUGGCAGCAAGGCCAGGGCCUACUACAUUACUGCUGAGGAAGUUGACUGGGAUUAUGCAGGCUAUGGACAAAGGAGGGAAUAUAAAACCUCUCAACAGAGGCCCACACGGUUCAAGAAAGUAGUGUUCAGGGAGUACUUAGACAUUUCCUUCACCACUCCCUACGUUCGAGGAGAAGUGGAAGAGCAUCUGGGGAUCCUGGGCCCAGUCAUUAAGGCUGAAGUUGAUGAAACCAUAUUUAUAGUGUUCAGGAAUCUCGCAAGCCGUCCAUACUCCCUGCAUGCAAAUGGGGUGUCAUAUGGGAAAAAUAUGGAGGGACUGAAGUAUGAAGAUGAAUCACCUUACUGGUACCGGCAGGAUGAUGUAGUUCAACCCAACACAACCUUUUUCUACAUGUGGACAGUAAACUCCAAAGUAGGGCCACUACAAAGUGAAUCUGACUGUCGGAUAUGGGCCUACUACUCUGGAGUGAACCCUGAGCGAGAUAUACAUUCUGGGCUGAUUGGGCCUCUUCUGGUCUGUCGAAAGGGGACCCUGAAUAAAAAUCCCAUAAACACAAGGGACUUCAUGUUACUCUUUAUGACAUUUGAUGAGACCAAAAGCUGGUACUAUGAGACGAACCGAGCAAAUCUUGAGAAGACUAACAGAAAAGCUGUCUUGGACCCAGAAUUCAACAACAAUAUCAAAUUUCAUGCUAUCAAUGGAAUUAUAUAUAGUCUAAAAGGACUCCGCAUGUAUACUAAACAGCUGGUAAAGUGGCAUCUUAUAAACAUGGGCUCUCCAAAAGACUUCCACAGUAUUCACUUUCAUGGCCAAACCUUCCUGAACAAACACACGCGUGACCAGCGUCAGGGAGUCUAUCCACUUUUACCAGGAGGCUUUGCCACUCUGGAGAUGGAGCCCUCAAAGCCAGGCUUGUGGCUGCUGGAGUCUGAGAUUGGAAUCUCUCAGCAGAUGGGGAUGCAGACUCUGUUUUUAGUGUUGGACAAUGUAUGUGAACACCCUCUUGGUCUUAUUUCUGGGGCUGUGAAAGACAGCCAAAUAACAGCAUCUGACAGCAGAAGCUAUUGGCUGCCUAGUUUGGCCAGACUUCACAAUACAGGAAAAUACAAUGCAUGGAGUACAACAUCGAAAGAUCCAUGGAUUCAGGUGGACUUCCAGAGACCAGUGGUGGUCAGUAAAGUGGCCACCCAGGGAGCCAAGCAGCUCUUCAGCUCUCACUUUGUCUUAAACUAUACCAUCUCCUACAGCACAGACCGCAAGAGGUGGAUUUACUACAAAGGUGACAGCAAACUGUCCAGAAAGACUUUUGAAGGUAACAGGGAAGCCCAUGAGGUGAAGGAGAAUAUAUUCUUCCCACCCAUAAUCGGACGUUUUAUGAGGCUUCACCCUUCUCAUUCAUACAAUUAUCCGACUGUCCGCAUGGAAUUCUACGGCUGUGAGUUAGAUGGGUGUUCUGUGCCACUGGGAAUGCAGAGUGGACAAAUCAAUGACCAUCAGAUCACAGCCAGUUCUGUUGCCUCCAACUGGUACUCAGGGUCUUGGAACCCUUGGUUUGCCCGCCUAGAUAAACAAGGGGCCGUCAAUGCAUGGCAAGCCAAGAGCAAUGACAUGCAGCCAUGGCUCCUGAUUGAACUGAAAGAGGUCAAGAAGAUCACAGGAAUCGUGACCCAGGGAGCAAAGUCACUUGGUAAAGAGAUGUUUAUAACAACGUAUGUGUUGGAGUACAGUGAUGAUGGCAAGAAAUGGACCAAGUACACAGAUGAUCAGGACUAUGAGCAGAAGACAUUCACGGGAAACUCAGAUACCAAUGGGCACAUGAAAAAUUAUAUCUACCCCCCAAUAUUCUCCAAAUUUAUCAGGAUUAUUCCUAGGGGAUGGCAGGGCUCCGUCACCAUGAGGGUUGAGCUGCUUGGGUGUGAUUUUGAAUGAUAUACAGUGCCAUUUUACCCUUGAGUGCUGUUGUUGAAGCAAGACAGGACGAAGAACUCCACAGCUUUGGACAUUUAUUUUCUAUAUUUGUAUUAUUAUUGUAUUAUUUGUCCCUCGUAAUUCUGCAUUAAAAUGAUCUGCGUGA